AUGAAGACGUCGGGCGCCGGUCCAGGACUGGCCGGCGCCAUUCUCAUUUCGCUCGUCGUCAUCGGCGCCGCCGAGAUUUGUCCGGCCGAAAAACCCGACCCGAACGCGAGCAAGUCGACCAAAGAGGUGGCGUCCAUAAAAGCCGUCCUGCUCAAGCCCAAAAGCUGCCCCGAUUUUAAGGAUUCCGGCGAACAGAAGCAUUGCUGUCCGUCGCGCAUUACGUACGGGACGUUUUACUGUUGCACGGAGGUUCAGUUGCGCGAAAUUGAGGAGGAAAUCAGUGCGGAGAAGAGGAGGGAAUUCAUCAAGCAGUAAGUAUUUUUUUGAUUUUUUGGGGCUAAAAAAGUUUUUGAAAAUUUCUUUUUUUUAAUUUUAAAAAAUCAAAAAAAAUUUUUUUUUUUAAUCACCAAAACUUUUCAAAAUUUUGUAGGGCCUUUUACUACAGUGAGGGACCGGAUCCAAUGGCAAAAAACGUCUCAUUUUGCAUGCCGGAAGGGACCAAAAUCUCUCCAAACCCUUCCCUUUUCUAAGCUAAACAACCCCGAUUUGAAGAGCCCGCCUUGAAGGAAAGGGCGGGCUUUUCAAAGCGGUUUUUUAGCUUAUUGUUAGAGAAGUGAAGCGUUUGGAGUCAUUUUGGUCCUUUCCGGGAUGCAAAAGCAGCCGUUUUUUGCCAUUGGAUCAAGUCCCUCACUGUAGUCCUUCUGGAAAGUGGCCGGACGGAUAUCGGCGACACUGGCUCGCACAUCAAUUGCAGAAAAAAAUUUAGCUUUUGCAUUAAAAGCGAAGCUAUCAAUUACACCUUCAACAGUCUUUGCUAGAUUAGAGAUCCCAGAAAAUGAGGAGAGACUGACUGAGAAAAAACUUUCUUCAUAUCUGCGUAGAAUUGCUUGAAAGAAAAGUGACUUUUUCAGUCUGUCGGGAAAAUAAUGACCAGUUGUCGCAUAGAAAACCGCAUCGCCGCUGAGAAAAUGAGUUGUGUCGCAAAAAAAUUAAGUUGCUUUUAACUUCAGCGAUGCGUUGGUGCAGCGACAUUGUGCUCAUUAUUUUCCCGACAGACUGAUAUUUUUAGGAUAAAUGUCACAAUUGCGGCAAUAACUUACAAAUCCACUGAUAGCGAACAUCAUUCUUUCGUUGAAGUGAAAGCAAUUUGAGUUUUUCACGACACAGUUCAUUUCUCGGCAGCGAUGCGAUUUUUAAUGCGACAGAGUGCUCAUUAUUUUCCCGACAGGCUGAUAAGAAUAUCCAAAAAAUAUAGUUUAAAUUUUUCGAUAUUUUGUCCCUUUUGUUCACGACCUUUUUCUUCCCUCCUUGUCUGCUUGUUUUCCAUUUUCUCAAAAUUCUAAUCAAGCUAAAAGUUUUCUUUUUGAGCCGUUCCUAAUGGCUUUCUGAAGACUAAAUUGCGACCUCACUGAAAGGCCAUUUCCUCAAGUCGUUUUCGUCGAAAAACUCAUCUAAUGAACUUCAAAGGGACCUAUGGUCAAUUACAAACAUUGCUUGUUCCAAAAGACUGCCAAAAGUUUUGAGAAUCAAGCAUAACGUAGGGCUGAAGGCAUCUUUUGCCUUGAAACUCACACAGAUACACAAUUAAAGCUACUUUCCUCUCGUUGUCUCUCCACAUUUUCCUUAGUCUCUCGGCCGCAAAAGAUCACUGAAAAUCUUGGCUUUGCCUGCACAGACAACCUGAGCCUUAGAGGAGUUGGAUAAGGCGCCUAGGGUCUGACCUUUAAUGGCAAUUUUUGAAAAAUUCUCAUCGGUUCGCGGUGAUCGUUUGUCUGCUAAAAACUUUUUUGAAAACUCCAGUAAAAUUUUGUACAACCCAUCGCAACGAACCAAAGAAAAUUCUUUGCCGUAUAAGGGUGUUUUUUUAUAACAUUUAGUUUCGAUACAGUGGGGCCUCUUCAGACGUCCAAGGUAAAUUAUUAUAGCCAGUGAAGGUUGAUAUAUGUGAAUAGACAGGUUUUGAUGGCGUCCCGGGAAUUUUCCGCAGCACGCAGAGUGAGUAAACCAAAGAUUUCUUUGCACCGUAGAAGUUCUUGCUUUUUACACGAUGCAAUAGGCUGUUUUGGGCUGCCCUGACUUUGUCUGCACAGUGCAAACACCAAAAAUCAGUCCAACGGCUUCACGAACGGACUAGCAUCGGUCUGUCCGGAAAAUAAUGAACACAAUGUCCCCUGCGACGGGUGGUACAAAGGUUGCGCUCGAUUUUUCAAAAAACACUCAAUACUUUAGCGGGGAAAUGCUCAAGGUAGGCUCUCAAAAUGUUCUUCAAAAUUAAGGAUAUCUCAGAUUGUCGGGAAAAUAAUGAGCACAAAGUCGCCGAGGUGAUCGUGUUGCUGAAGUGAAAAGCAAUUUGAUUUUGCCGCAACACAAUUCGUUUUCUCCGCAGCGAAAGCCGAGUGCUCUUAUUUUCCCGACAGCCCGAUUUCAUCAUUUCAUCAACUUGGUUGCCUUCUACCGUACUUGUUUUCCCCUAAAACUCAAAUACAAUCUGCGCAAUCCGUUCGCUUUCACUCCUCUUCGUCCCAUGACUUUUCCGCCUUGGCCCAUCCGUCCCACACUUCCUUUUUUGGUCUCCAUUUCCAGGGCCCCCAACUCAUGUCGCGGCCUGUUUGAUGACAAAGCUUUCCAUCUUAUCAAAAAAAAACACCCACAAAAACAUUCGCAGUAAAAUUGAAUCGCCGCUCCCCGGGGACCCGCUAAUCAAAUCGCGGGCCAGAUUUCGCUUCGGGAAAUUCAUUUGGCCAAAAAAAGGGCUGCGAAAAUGAAUCCCCAAGCCCGUCCGCUUCCUUCCGUUGCGUGUGCCCGAGGCCUUUCGCAUGACAAAAAGUUGAGGGGAAUCGCUGGAAAAUGGGGAAAAUACAAGUCAACGGGCGUGUGGAGAAAGUAAAAUUAGAUAAAAAAGAUGACAAAAACAGAGGCAAAUCUCUCUACAACGAAUUACCUAACAAAGGGAAGGGCCUCAAGUGCAACGCUCAGAUUUUCUUUAAAUUUUGCACAUACGUCGGGCAUAGACUUAAUAUCAAUUCCUGAAAGUUCUAGCUCGCCCUUUGCAGGCGCCGCCGAAAUAUCGAACAAUUUUUGCCGCCGAGAGAGCACACUAAACGUGGAGAGCGUUUAGAGAGAAAAGGAACUUUUUGGCCAUAACUUUGCUAGUUUCGCGCGGAAAAAAUGAUUUUUUGUGGAAACAUUACCUUUUACAGUAGAAAUAGGUAUGAAACUUUUCGUGCCGAAAUUCGGCAAAAAUUGUCAAAUUUUCGCCGACUUGCGACCUAAAAAUCUCGGUUGUUUCUGCAAAGCGCGAGCUAGGACUCUCGCAUAUCUCAUAGAAAAAAUUAUUCUAAAUUUGUUCCAAUUUUCAUUAAAAUCUGCGCGUCACACUUGGGGUACUUCCCCUGUAAAUUGAGAUAUAAAAUCUCCCAAAAAUGAUGACUGUAAAUUAUGAAUCCAUAAAAAUCCCGGAACAUAUUAUACAAUAACUCUCGUUUUUUCAGAAACCUCGCACUAAUCGUUGUGUUCACAAUCAUUUUGGCGAUUGUCACGUUGAUUGUGACCUCGAUGCUCUGCCGCAAAUACCAAUGGUGCCCGCUACACGACACCAAAGACCUUUGUGAGCUGAUUCAUUUUGUUGAAAUGAUACUGAGAUAGUUGAUUUCGUAUUUUACAUUUCUUUCAAAUUUUCCGGCUUCUUCGUCAACAAUUUUUGAUUUCAGACUCCCAAAGCGGAAGUUUCCCCGCCUCCGGCUCGCAUUCCGCGUUGGGCUCGAGGUACUAUCGACCGGUGGAGCAGGCGCCGCCAGUCCUCCAUCGGAACUCGCAGACGUUCGCGCCGUCGUUGAGUAUGACACUGAAUCAGAGUAAACCUCAUAUGACACAAUGGGUUGAUGGUGAGUUGAAUUUUUCGGAGCGAUAGAGCUACUUUUCAAGCUUUUACGGCUUCGGCAACGAAAUUACAAAACCGUUCAGUUAGUCUGUCGGGAAAAUAAGUUGUGGUGCAAAAAAGUAUACAACAGUGGGGGGAGCUGAUCCAGUGGCAAAAAACGUACCAUUUUUCAUCCGGGAAGUAUCAAAAAUGUGGCAAAAUGCUUCCAUCUCCAAGGGAAAAAACUUCGUUUUGAAGGGCCGCUAUGAAUUUUUGCAGUCCGCAUGGAGUUAGCCAAGGUGAUAAAUUUAUAAGACUACAGUGGGGGACCUGAUCCAGUGGCAAAAACGUACCAUUUUUCAUCCGGGAAGUAUCAAAAAUGUGGCAUAACGCUUCCAAGUGAAAAAAACUUCCCUUUCCCUCACAAAAAGAGCGGGCGCGCUUUUGAAAUCGGAUUUUUUUCACCUGGAGAGGGAGGUAUUUUGCCACAUUUUUUGAUACUUCCCGGAUGCACAAUAAUACGUUGUUUGCCACUGGAUCAGGUCCUCGAUUGUAUGUAUGUGUACGUAUAAAACUGUAAUCUCUGAACGUAGUUUUUCGAGUCCUCUAAGUUCCGUUAUUUAAAUACCAUAAAUUUUCCGAGCAGUCUAGCCAUCUCCACCCCACACUUAUCAAAACUCACCCCCAGUUUUCAGCGCCCCCGCCCUACGACUCGAUUCGCCAUCAAAUCUCCACGGGCCUCAUCUCCCAGUCCGCGCAACGCCAGCACGACUUCAACUGCAUAAUGGAGAACCAGUUGAAUCAACUGCGCGAUUCCAACGCCGCCUUGGACAGUCAACAACAUUCAUGA